UCCGCAACUAUCUGGCAGCACUGAAUCGAAAAGCGCGCAAUCAGCAAUAACAGCUGCAAUCGUAUUAGUUUUUUAUUAGUUGGAGUCGUUUUCUAAAUGUUUUUAUUCUAAUUCUGAUUUAAACUGAAGUCGCCAUGGACGAUUCGGUCUUCAAACAAAAAUAUCAAAAGUACAAACUGCGAGUUAAAUUGUGGGAGAAAGAUUUUAAAAAGAAGAAUGGAAGGGUGCCCUCCAAGUAUGAUAUUCGAGAAGCCAGUCAGGAGAUUCGCGAUUCCUACAAGAUGUAUUACAAGCUGAAGACUUCGUUUCUGGAGGAGACUCUCAAUGAUGUGCUCUGCGAAGAUGGCUACGAUAUCUUGGAAAUGUCGCAGGCCAGCGAGUUGGGUGUCAGCCUGCUGGAUCAGGAUAUUAGUGUCAGUGGAGGCCCGCAAUUGCCGUUGGAUAUUUCCGCCUUAGUGGAGCCACAAAGUUCUUCAAAUACUGAAAAGUCUUCUCAGGUCCAAUGCGCGUUUUCAAAUCUCCAGGAUCUUCCCAAUCCGCAGGCGCUUAGCAAUCUCACCAACCGCGAUGAGAACCAUGUCAUACGAAAGUUCGAGGCAGUGGAAGAGCUACAAAUCAAUCAGAAUGCCUGGGGAACUGAUGUAAGCAAGAAACCAGCUGCUCCCCUGGAGACUUCUCUUUCAGCACCAGAACAGAUCGGAAAACAGCUUAAGGGUACGGCGGCUAGUCUAAAGCCCAGCCUAAGUGCCAAGUUAUUUCAGUCCACGCGCGGCUUUGCCAAACGAAAUCCUCGUAAGCCGCUUUCUCGAAGCUCCUCUAAUGUCUCUAAAAAUUCUUCCACCUCCCUCAACCUUGGAGAUGCAAACGCCUCAGAGGAGUUGCCCGACUUUGAAACCAUUCUUCUGCGCAAGGCCCAGGAAUAUAAGGAGAAAGAGCAGACCAUAGCAGCCAAUCCUCUCCUAGCCGGCGAUCUUGCCAAGGAAUCUAUAAAAACUCAGGUGGACGAGGGCUGGCUGCAACGAAAUACCAAGGAGAACACUCUGGAGGUGGAGACGCAUACUGCGGAGCCCAAUAACAAUGGUACUCCGCAAAGAAAAAUUAACUUUGGACUGACCAAUCUAGAUUUAAGCAAACUGAAGCCAAGAGUUCAAGAAGAUCAGGUCAAGGUUGAACAGGCGAGGAAUCCGAUUGUGGUGGAACAAGCUUCUAAAAAAGAGCAGCCAGAUCCAGCUACAAAUGAGAACCAUAAACCAUCACCUCCUCGACAGAAACGAGCUCCUGUAGAGCAGGAAAGCAGUUCUGAUUCUGACUCCGUGGUUGCGGAAAGUGAUGAGGAGCCGGAGCCGCAGGAAUACCGACAGCUGGCCAAGCGACGCAGAAUAGUGCCGACCACAACAGGAACAUCAGAAAUAGCUUCUCCAGAGGAAAUACCAAAGAAACCUGAACCUGAAACUGAAACUGAGACUGAAAAUAAGCCUUCCGAUGAGAUGAAAGACGAAUACCUACCGGACUUCUCCGCUGACGAAGAGAAUGAUGCUACUUAUGAGCCGGUAAAGACGAAAAAGGAAAAAUCCAAGCGAAAACAAGCUGCUGGAAAACGCCAAACCACCAAACCCAAGGCGGAACCUAAAGCCAAAGCCGAAAAGAAACCCAAAAUCAAAAGUGAGAAGAAACCGAAGGCGGAGAAAAAAACCAAAAACAUCGCCAAGGCCGAGGUUGCUCCUCCAAACCCCGAAGAAGAGAUACAGAGUCAGCCAUUGGACCCUGAGGACCUUAAGUAUGUACUGGCCUUGGAAUCAGGAGACAUCACAUCUGUGCCUCGUAUUAAUCCUCAAGAUUUGGAAAAGGCCGAUGCCACAGCGCAGCGCUACAUUAGCACCUUUGCAUCUGUUCCUGUCCCUGGAUCCUCCAGCGGAUCCAACUUUCAAGUGGAUGAAAAGCGCAUGGCAGCUCGCAAAAAAUUGGAGGAGCGUAUUGCAUCCGGAAAGCUCAACGAAAACUUCGUGACCAUCAACAUUCAAAAGAAGAAAUUUGUGCGCGGCAAAAAGUCUGUGAAUUUCUCCAAAUACAAGAAGCAACAGUGGCGGCACAAGAAGCGAGUGGCUGCCUUAAGUGGACCGGAUAUGGACAUGGGAGGCUGUGAUGGCGGAGUGCUUACUUGUUUCGAAUGCGGGGGAGUUGGUCAUUUCGCGCGACAGUGCAAGGUCAAGGGAGACAGCUUACUUCCCCUAUCAGCCCAGCUAGAGGAAGAUCCAUCGCCUUUCCCAACACUCGCCGAGGUUCAGGAGAUGGCCACUCAAAGCGCAGUAGUGGUUCACAGUCGCAACAUAGAAAGAUUGCCUCAAGCAGCCAAUGCAGCAAUCCUGCAAAGAGAGGAGCCCAAAGAUGAUGAAAUGGACAUCGAUAAAGACGAGCAGAACAAUGAGGAGGAGGGCUUAGUACCCGAAAGCAGCGAUGAUGAUGGAAAUCACGGGAAUUCAGAACCGGAUUGGUCCAGCGAUGACCCGGAUAUUGAUUUUGAGGCUUUGGAUGCGGCUGUUGAAGCUUCACUUAGCCAGCCAGAAGCCAAACCAGCUUCUCCCAUUAAAACUUAUGUGGGUCACAAGAUUCCCGAGGAGUUCCUCAAGCAGGCUGGUUUAGAUUCCAGCUCCACUACUUCAUCUCGUAGCCGGCAUGGUGGAGUACAGCCCCUCUAUGACCUCCUGCCGGAUGGAACUGUCCAAGAUACCACACCAGAGGUCAUGGAGGCACUGCAUAUGUUCGGUCAUAGCAAUUUUCGAAAGGGUCAAGAUCGGGCUAUCAUGCGCACUCUUUCGGGCCUGUCCUCUUUGGUAACCCUUAGCACGGGCAGUGGCAAGUCCUUGUGUUACCAGCUACCCGCCUACCUCUAUAGCCGGAAAAUGGGAGCUAUUACACUGGUCAUCUCGCCCCUGGUCUCACUUAUGGAGGAUCAAGUUACCGGGGUGCCGCACUUUCUGCGAGCCCAUUGUCUGCACACUAAUCAGACGCCGCCGCAGCGCAUGAAGAUCCAGCAGCUGAUUGCCAAUGGCGAAAUCGACAUUCUCUUGGUGUCCCCGGAGGCAGUUGUUUCUGGCGAGCGGGCCACAGGGUUCGGUGCUAUUUUGCGCACUUUGCCGCCGAUUGCGUUUGCCUGUAUUGACGAGGCCCAUUGCGUGUCCCAGUGGAGUCACAACUUCCGUCCCAGCUAUCUGAUGAUCUGCAAGGUGUUGCGCAAAAAUCUGGGCGUUGAAACCGUGCUGGGACUCACGGCCACUGCUACGUUGCCCACUAGGGUGAGCAUCAUCAAUCACCUUGGAAUUAAAGAUGGCGAGCGCGGCAUAAUCAGCGAUACUCCACUGCCCGAUAAUUUAAUACUCUCAGUGUCUAAGGACGAUAAUCGGGAUGCAGCCUUGUUGCAGCUGCUUAAUAGCGAGCGUUUUGAGCCAUGCCAGUCUAUCAUAAUCUACUGCACCAGGCGCGAUGAGUGCGAACGGAUUGCAGGCUUUAUUCGGACUUGUGUGCAAGAUCGUAGGCAACCACCUCAAGACCAAGGGAAAAAACGUAAGCGGGUCAACUGGCAGGCGGAGCCGUACCAUGCUGGAAUGCCUGCAUCCAGACGGCGUACCAUUCAAAAGGCGUUUAUGAGCAACGAACUGCGCAUCGUUGUAGCCACUAUUGCUUUCGGAAUGGGUAUUAAUAAGCCAGAUAUCCGAGCUGUUAUCCACUACAAUAUGCCCCGCAAUUUUGAGAGUUAUGUCCAAGAAAUUGGACGUGCAGGUCGCGAUGGAUUGCCGUCCCACUGCCAUCUCUUCCUGGACUCUAAGGGCGGGGACCAGAGCGAGCUUCGGAGGCAUGUAUAUGCGAACUCCAUUGACCGCCACGUAAUCCGCAAACUGCUGCAAAAAAUAUUUGUUCCAUGCAGCUGCGAUAAAAAUAUGGCAAAGGAAGCCCUUGAAUCUAUACCCGCUGAGGGAGACGGUCCGCGACAGCAUGUGUGUCCCGGGCACGAGAUCGGUUUCUCUGUGGAAAAAACCGUCGAGAUGCUGGACAUUCCGGCGGAGAACAUAUCUACAUUGCUCUGCUAUAUGGAGCUGGAUCCGCGCUGGUGCAUCAACGUGCUCAGUUCGGCCUAUGUAAUGGCAAAGGUGAUCUCAUAUGGUGGACCCAAGUACCUAAAGCACGCUGCCAAGGAGUGCCCGCCGCUGGCCAUGGCUGUAGCACUGCAGAUCCGGGAUAAAACUUUUCAAGAGGACUCGAAUAUAAUCGAGUUCUCGGUUACCGACAUAGCAGCGGGCAUUGGUUGGAACAGUGGGGUGGUCAAGUACCAGCUAAAGGAUUUGGAGUGGGUGAAGGUGAAUGGCUUUCCUAAACGCUCCCCUAUUACGGUGAGCUUCUACGAUUUAGGCUUUCGCAUCAAGGUUCCGGGAGAUUUUUCGGAAACGGAGAUCGAUAGUGCCCUGGAUACUCUUUACACGAGAUCCGUGAAACAGGAACGCACGCAGUUAAUUCAACUGCAGUACGUGGCCCACGGAUUGGCGGCAGUUGCCUACAGUUCCGCUGGCCAGUGCUGCAGUGCGGACUUCCCGCAGGAUCGAUGCGAACAGCUGAAAGCGAUCGUGCGAAACUAUUUUCUCAAUGACUACCCGCAGGAUCUGGAACUGGAAGUGGAGCCCAGUAACGUGCCGGAUGACCACAUCGUAGAUGAUGUUCACGCGCUGAUCAACAUGUAUCCGGAUAAUACGUUCACUGGACGGAACAUAGCUCGCAUCUUUCACGGAAUUCAGAGCCCCAACUAUCCGGCUGUGAUGUGGGGCCGUUGCAAAUUCUGGCGAGCUCAUGUUAAGAUCAAUUUCAAUCGUAUCCUACAGCUGGCUAACAUGGCCAUUAUAAAGCGACGCACUUGAUUUUGAUAUCUAAGAGAUUAUCUGAUGAGAUGGACACAAAAUAUUUAAGAUUUUUGUUUUUAUGUGUGAUGUUCUCUGAGUACGGACUGGAUAAAGUGAUGAUAAUAACAUAAUUAAUUAAAAAAUGUGUGAUGCCUGUUGGCACCUAGUGCCAAGACCUACUACCCCA